AUGUUCGAGCCCAGGGGCCCGUUUCUCGAAAGUCCCGAUAAUUAACGGGCCCGGUAAGCUGUCUCCGUUUACAUUAAAGAUCGACGUUUCAAUAGUUUUGCAUCUAGCAUGAUAAAACUAUCAGUUAGUGAAACAAAAUGGAGUAGUCUCCUUGCCAGGGCCCGCGCUCUUAUUCUUUAUAUUUCGAUCUGAAUAUUUGAUUUCGGGCCCGAAAAGUUACCGGGACUUUCGAGAAACGGGCCCCUAGUACCCAAAACAGACAGGCGGCAGAAUGGAGGUAGUACUGGAACAAAAUCAACAACGAAGAAACAGAGAAGCAACAGAGAACGGCAACCCAACAGUGAACAAUUUCUAUUUCACUAUGCCACAUUAAAAGAUAUCUUAGGGUAA